CAUGCACUAGACUUUUCUUAGUAGUCAAGUUCAAGUAUGACACUAGUGGUCAGAACGAAUGUAAUUUUGACUUGGCCUCCUUUAAAGUUUAAAAAAAUUCUUGCCGAUUCAUCCCAUCAUGGGUAACAUUGAAAAAAAAAAACCCUAAAAACAAAAGAGACACAAAUUAGAUUAAACAAGACACGAUCCUCACUCAGCACAAUGAAAGAAUUAUUUAUUAUUUAGAUCAACUGUAAAACGUAAAAGUGAUCUAUCAGUGUACUCAAAUAAAAAGCUGGUUUAGGAAAAACAAAAAAGGUAAUUACUUAGAUAAAUGAAGUUAAUUAGAAGCGGAUUAAUCGUAAUCAACUGAAUUAACUUUGAAGCUGUGAAAUACUUUUUUCUCAAGCCAUUUACAAUUAAAAGGAGGAAAAUUUCUGCCGAGAAAAAGGUCCGAUGCUUACUUUUUUUUAAAUUGAUAAGCCUCUCUCUUUUAGAGCCUUUUCACUUUGUCCGAUCCGAUAUCGGUUGCAAGUAAAAUAUAUUAUUUUGUAGGUAUGUAUUAAAAACAUCUUCAUUGCAAGCUAAGAAGCCGAUAAUAUUUGGCAAGUAAACAUUUGAUAAUGAUUCUUCGAACUUAGCUUUAAAUUCAACGGUUUAUGGUGGUGGUAUUAUCUGUGGAUCUAUCUAUUUAUGACACUAGUGUGAUAACAGUCUAAGUCAAAUCAAUAAUAUGCGUAAACACUUUUGUUUUAUACCUACCAACUCGCCUUACAUUUUUUGGGACUAGGUUAUAUGAUUACCUACAUUAUAAUUUGUCUGUAUUCUGUAGGUUUAUUGAAAUCGGUGAUCAAUGAGGGCUAACGCAUUUAAUUUCGCCGCUUGAGUUAGAGCGCUAGUGUAGACGGAUGUUUUACAAAAUGUUAAAUGCAUAGUAUUUUUGGGGCUUACAAGCUUUUUCUAUUUUUGAUUAUUCAUGGUAAACAUUAGAUAUAAAUAAAUAAAUAUUAUAGGACAUUAUUACACAAAUGGACUAAGUCCCACAGUAAGUUCAAUAAGGUUGAGGGUACUUAGACAACGAUAUAUAUAACAUAUAAAUAUUUAUAAAUACUUAAAUACAUAGAAAACACCGAUGACUCAGGAACAAAUAUGCAUACUCAUCACACGAAUAAAUGCCCUUACCAGGAUUUGAACCCGGGACCAUCAGCUUCGUAGGCAGGGUCACUACCCACUAGGCCAAACCGGUCAAAAUAUACCUAGAUAUAGUUUAAUAAAUGUUAGUGGUUUUAAAAGUGCCAACUAAAAUAUACCUAAGCAAAUUAAACGGGUUUCAAAAUGGCAUAUUUAGACGUUAAAAUACUUUUGUGUAUAUGAGAACGUAUUAUUUUUUGUUAAAUAAGCAUAGCAAAAUUUUGUGGAUUACCUACUGGGUUUCUGGACCACCACCUACAGUGGCGCCAGCUGGUGAGCACAAAAACGCCCUCAAUGUUAUAAUUUCAGUAGGUCAUCGAUGGCAACAUUACGUGAUGGAAUUACGUGGAAUUAUGGCAUUAUUUUAAUUUUUAACUGAAAUACAGUUGAACCUGAAUUAGAGUAAAUCCACAGUUAACACGAAAUAAUAUGCUAUUGUCGUCCCUUCAAAACCCAAAACCUCUAUAACUCAAAAUAUUUUUAUAACUCAUAAUUUUUUUCCUAUAUCUAAUUUGUCCUCUGUAACUUAAAAAUGGACGUAUCGUAUUGUUUUAUCUUUUCUAAAUCUCGAAGUAAUCUAAACACAACCUGUAUUCACUAUCUUUGUGGUAACAGCUGGCACAAUCGUACCCAGGUUACCCUAAAUAUAUCUUUCCGGAAUUGUUUACAAAAAUUAUCAUUAUUUUUAUUAUAUAAAAAAGUAUCUGUUUACUGUUUUGCCCAUAUAAAAAAGUAGGUACUUACAUACUUUAUUUUACAUAAAGAGCGUUAAAUUAAAUUGCAUUGAAACAGUAAACCAGGCUAAUAAACAAAAUAACUACAAUACAUAUUUAAACAGUUAAAUCCAAUAUUAUUUUAGUAAGCACAUUUACCCAGUAGAUACAGUAGGUUUAGGUUACCUGCAAUGUUUACGAUUAGUAAGUUCAGUACAAUCGUAACUACCCUGAAAAGGCACCACGCCAAAGUGCCACAACUCAAAUUAUCAUAAACCUUCAUCCUCAAAUCGAUCGACAGAAUUAUUGUAAAAGCAAAUCGCUAUUCGCAAACAAUACACCCUUUCCAGUCUAACUGUCAGAGUCAAUUCCAUAAAGAAGCUAUCUUCCUCUAUACAUUAUCCUUCCUAUCUCAGGCCAUAACAUGGAACUCGGGAUCUAUUUUAUUAUAAAGUGCAUUGUCUACUAUAGGAGGGCGGUCGACCGACCAGCAUAAAUAAUUUAACUGUCUUAAAAGAUUCAAAAAUAGUUUCCUAACAUUGCCCCCCCUUAAUAUGUACACCAUUUGUCAGGCCAUAACUAGAUUUAAACGACGCGUUACAGUACAAAAGGUCACGCCCAUUGACAGAAAUAUGUUUGUCUCUUUUUAGCGCGCGUUUAAGCCUAUCAAUUAGGUGUGCGGCGUCUCGCUUUCACGGAUGGUUUUUGGUUAACUUUACCUUUUACAAGCUUGCUUAGAAUGUGGCAACUGCUAGAGUUAUCAUACACGUUUUAGAUCUUAUUUCGAUGAGCUAAAGGCACAAAAUGCAGUAAUAAUGGAUGUGUAGGGGGGAACCAAUUGAAGCGAGACUCCCCUUGAAAGGGACGGAACGAAUCGUCUGUUUAAGUUAGUGAGUCCAAACGAGUUUUUAUGUUUGGAAAUCGUAUUAAGCUUUUGUUCGAAACUGUUCCACUCAACGGGCAUAGUUGAGGCGUUUGUGCGGUCAACUAUCGCAGUAUCGAAAAGAGAGGGGGCAACGCUGAUUGGCUCGUUCUGUUUGAUAUUGUGUGUGACGAUCCGGCCGCGGGCGGUCGCGCGAACCGAGCUCGAUUCAAAUUUGGAACGCGCGUUUAAGUUGUUUUUCGAAAUUUAAAUCCGGUGUUCGAAUUACAAAAUGUUUUUCUGUCGGUGAAGCGACUUUCAGUGCCAGUGUUUUAUUGUUUAUAAAGACUUAGAAAAACUAUUACCAUGUCUUCAGUGCAUUCAGAUGACGAUCAAGAAGAGAUCAAUGUAGACUCAGACAGCAGGCUAUCAGGACAUGACAGAAGUUUAGCAUCUGAUGAUCAAAAUUCAGAACACAGCUAUCAUGAAAGAUAUCCAAGCCCAAAUGACCAUAUGACAGAUACACAACCUAGAGUAAAUCUUCCUUUCAGUAUAUCUAGAUUAUUAGGGAAGCAUUUCGAAGAUAUAGAGAAACGGAGGAAUUCAGGAGAGAGUGAUAGAAGUGAGGAUACGGAAUCAGAAAGUGCAAAAGAUGAUCAGAAGGAGAUACCUUUGAAUUUUUCGCAUCCUCCAGGGUUGUACUCUGCUGGGUUGUUGAGGCCUGGGUUGAGUAUGGGGGGCUAUGGGUUUGGUAACCCGGGGGUGGUGAGGGUACCGGCUCAUCGGGCGCUAGGGGCGCUUGGAGCGUGGGGGGUGGCCCUGGAUCCGAUGCGGCAGGCGGCUGCGGCGGCGUUUGCGCAUCAGGUCGUCAAGGAUAGACUGAAUGCCUCCUUCCCCAUCACAAGGCGGAUCGGCCACCCAUACCAGAACCGAACGCCGCCGAAACGCAAGAAACCCCGCACCUCUUUCACUCGCCUGCAAAUAGCCGAGCUGGAGAAGCGGUUCCACAAGCAGAAGUACCUGGCGUCGGCGGAGAGGGCGAGUUUAGCGAAGACGUUGAAGAUGACCGACGCGCAAGUCAAGACGUGGUUUCAAAAUCGAAGGACGAAAUGGAGACGCCAAACAGCUGAAGAGCGUGAAGCGGAACGCCAAGCGGCCAACCGACUGAUGCUCUCCCUCCAAGCCGAAGCUUUAAGCAAAGGCUACAUCCCAGAACCACCGCCUUCAGCGCCGUUAUCAGCGCUUCACUACCAAAGCCCUACUAACUCAGCGCAGGCUCCUCCUGCGAAUACAGCGCUCAGCGCUUUACAGAAUCUGCAGCCGUGGGCAGGGAACCAAGGGUUCAUGAACGCUCAAGCGGCCAGCGCAGCGCCGCCUCACCCGCCACCGGUGGCUUCACCGAUUUGUUGAAUAAUUCAUCCAAUUUGGUAAAGUUACGAAAUUGGUUUUUAUGAUGCAAUAUAUGAUCUUUAAGAAGGACAAAAGGCUUUCUUUGAAAGUAUGUAAAAACAUGGUUAGCUUGAAUUUGAAUAGAAUCUAGCGUUCAUUAAUCGGUGCGAAUUGAAACAAGAUGUUCUGCUCAUAUUUGUAAUUUAAUUUGGUUUAAGUACCUGGAUUGUCUUUAUUUUGGAUUUUACCUUUCACUGCCAAUGAAAGUUGAGAAUUUGUUUGUCGCUGAUUUAUUCAAUAAUUUACAUAUCCUGUAGUACCUUAA